UGGUUCCAUAAUGAAAGAAGUUGUCUAUAUAUAAAGCCACCUCUUCACUCCCCUCUUCAUAUGUCUCAUUCUCAUCAUCCAUCAAACAAACACAUCUUCUCUAUACAACACAACUUCACAUAACACACAACUUUGAAUACUUUUCAUUCACCCUCUCUCUCUCUUUUCAACUCUCUCAAUUAUCUCCAGGAAAGCGAGGGAGUAGUGUUGUCGAGAGAAGUUUGCGAUUCCUUAUUUGAGAAUGAUGGCUUGUGGCUUAAGCAAGAGCCUUAGCUUGUCUUCUUCUUUGAAGAAACAGCAAGGCAUAGUGACCAUCCUUGCUGGCAUUUCGUCGAACACUUCAUCUGCACCUUCGCUCAGGAGAACCUUCUCCGCCGAUUUGUCCUCCAAGACUUGGCUUUCCCAAAAUGGGUUUUCUCCUAUGAAGAGGAUCUCUUCCUCUGAGAAGCUUCGUGCUUCUUCUCCUGACCAUGAAGAAGCUGAGGAAGAAUCAAGAUCCGGGGUCGAUAUCUGGGCACAGAUUCAACAAGACAAGAACGAUAAGAAAGAGAACGAGACCGAGCCGGGUCAAUCCGAUGUUUGGAGCUCGAUCUUGUCGGACAAGAAGAAGGACGAAGCGAGCAACGACACGGUUCCUCCACCGUACGUUCAUCCUCUGAUGAAACGUGCGAGUUCUUUGAGCGAGAAAAGCCUCGAGAUUUGCACUGAGAGUCUCGGAUCCGAGACGGGUUGCGAAGGUUUCUCUUCGUACGCAUCGUCGGAGACUGGAGAUGCUGAAAUCGAGAUUCAGGAGCUCGUUGUUAACGUCACGGAGACCAAGGUUGAAGAAGAAACAGAGGCUGCUGCUGUGAUUGAGGUUGAUCAGCAAGAAUCGGUCACGGUUCCUAACAACGAGUUGCCUCGAGGAUCGUUUCCUCCUCCGAUUCGUUCUCUUUCGAGCCAAUCUGGUUCGUCUCUGCACAUGAAAACUCGCCGCGACAAUGGCCGAUUGGUUCUUGAAGCUGUCUCUAUGCCGUCGCACAACAACUUCUCCGCUAAACGCGAAGACGGACGUCUCCUCCUCAGUUUUGCUGAAAUCAGCAACGAAACCACUUACGACCAAGAAUAUGAGACUGAAUCGGAGGUUCAGUGGUUCGACGAGGAAGAAGAAGAAGAAGCAGAAGAAGAGAAAGAAGAAGAUGAGGCACCACCAGACGAGUUCGCCUACAAGCCCAAUGGGCUUUUCUAUAAGCUGGCACAAAAGUCCAUUCCUGUAACUGUUCAUAGGUUGGCCCAUAAGCCCAUUGGUGUACCAAAGAGAAACGCAAGAUGGCCUGUGACUGACGAAUUCGACACCAAAUCCGAUCUCUCCACACCGGUGGUUCACUCUCUGCCGCCGAGGCCAAGGGUGGCUCAGCUUGCUAGGUCAACAAAACCGCCGUCCACAGUGGACGACACCGUUGGAGCUGCUUGCUUCAACACAUGUGACUACUCUUGGAAGUCCACUAACACUGAAGCUUUUGGCCCAAUUCCAAACACAAAAACCCAAUUUCAAGCCCAAAACUUUGUGAACAAAUCAAUAGGUGACGGUUGGAUUAAUGGAUGCAAGGAACGAAGGAGGUCACUCUUGUCCAUUGAACCAUUUUGCAUUGCCACUUAGAGAAACUCUUUAAAAGACCAAAAAAGAGAGUAAUUUACAAAAGAAGCAUAAGCAUAUGAUAUAUUAUUAUUAUCUAAAUAUGUGUAUAUGUAAUCGAGUAUGUGCUUUACUCGAAUAUAUAUGCAUAUUAACCAAUAAUUGUUGUUGAUCAUGGUGUUUUUUUUCUACCUUAUUUUUUUUACCUCUAUAUGUUUUACCACUAACCUUUUUGGUUUGUGGGUAAAAAAGAAAAAUAAUUAUAAAAAGAUAAUAAAGAAGUAAGAGUUAGGAGAGGGAAGAAAGCUGAUGGGGUGAAAACUAGAAGUAUAAUUUUAUUGUUUUUGAUGAGGUUAAAGACCUUGUUGGAGUAAGAAAUAUUUUAUUAUGAUGAUGAGUGUUGUGUUUUGUACAAAGUGUUGUUGUUCUAUAUACACUCUUCGCAAACAAAAUGUGAACCUGCAAUUUUAUACGUUAA